AUAAUUACAGAUCUUAUCAGUCCAUGUUGGUACUUGACCGUACUGGGGGAAACUCGCCGCCUUAUGGAGCAAUUGCGGCACAGCAAUGGAAGUCAAUGCGAGCGACUCAGUCUAUCGAAUGGCCUCUACAUUACUAGAACCAUGUAUCAAGGAACAAACUAUGUGUCUAGGAUUAGUAGCGUCCCAUUCGCCUCACCGGAUGCCGCUCGACAAACCCAAAUCAACAUACCCGCUCAUGCUAAGAAACUUAUUCUAUCAACUGAUCAUAUUGGAGUGCGCUCUCUAUAUUUUCUGGGUCAAAACUCGAACCUGGUGCCAGAUGGCUCACCAUGGUAUGACAUCCUUGACAUUCCAGAUUGCCGUGCAGAGGCUUAUAUUAGGUUUGAUGGCCUCUUCUCUAGGACCAUUCGGAUUCUUGCCAAAAAGCCGUGUGAUGCAUCGAUGACUUGGAGCUUUCCCAAAAAACCGACAUUUCGCCCAUGGAACUUUCAGAAGACUCGGAAUUACUACCGUUUACAUCAUAUAGAGCUUAACGCCGCAGUAAAGGGUAUUAUUGUUUGUUGCUCAUAUGGAAGGACUAUUGGCAUCCAUGGGUUUACCGGAAGGUCAAAAGCAUUUUGGAAGUUUAUUGACUCCAUGAAUCAGCGACUGAAAAACUCUCAGAGAUUCUGGAUGUUCUUUCCGCUCAAUGUGAAUGAGAAAAUCCAAGGGGCUUGGGUUCGGACGUUCAAGAAUUGUGAUCCACCGUCUUCUAACCCUGUUCUGCUCAUUCGGACUUCUCUAAAAAGAGCUGUUGCAUUUGGUCCCCACCCACCCGCAUAUUUAAAACAAAGCUAUGAGUUUCAAUGCUUAUUGAGAAAGUCCGAUGGGGCUGUUUCAGGUAUCUUCCAUGACGGCUUAGAUCCAAGUGCUAGACAUAUUUCUGUCAUGGGGGUUGUUUGUGACUCUCAUCGGAGCAUCAACGAAUAUUCAGAAUUCGAAACCUCCCUCGAUCCAUAUAUUACCCCCAAUAUCUCUCCCUCGGAUGGCACGCCGGUGACCGCCUGGUACAUGACAAAGGCUCCGCUUGAAGGCCUUCUUGAAGUACGAACUUGCCGCGAUAAACAUCAGCCGCACCGUCCAUGCCUCGGCUUCCUGCUAUAUUACCAAGACGGGCACGUGGAGUCGCUUGGACAGGUAUGUUGGGAUCAGGACCUUGACCGUGAAGUUCAUGCGCCUAUAUGCAUCGAGUAUGAUGAUAUCGCUGGGAAGGAGUAUAUUAAGGGCGUUCAAAGAUCAGUCGCCGGUUCUCAAUUAAACCCCGAUACAUGCAAGCUGCAAGAACUCCCCCAGCAUGGGACUAUAGCUUGGUGGUUUGGUCACCUAAAGGAUCGAAUUAUUAUAUACAACGAUUAG